AUGAAACCCCUAAAGCGUCGGAGACCGGGCAAGAAGCUGGUCACUACCAUGGAAGGGUUGGCAGAUUCAUUGCCGGAGAUUGAGGAAAUAUCGAAGGCGAGCAAGGAGGGUCAAAAGAUUAAAAUGGAUAGCUUGACGAAUGGGCCGGGAUUAAUGAAGCGGAGGGGCAAGGUGGAGAAGGUCGAGAGGGAGAGAUUUGGAAAGAAUUUGGCGCAGUUGAUGGGCGCGCAGAAGGCUGCUGGUGGUGAGACCGUGGCUGAAGCACAAACCGAUAGUCAACAGCCGUCUGCGACGGCAUCAAGAUUUGCGGCUUUGAGGGCUUGGAUAGGACAAACUAUGGAGAAGGAGAAGGCAUUUGAAGAGAAAUCGUAG